CUUACGGCGCAUGGGAUUUAGACACUACUAGCUGCCAUACACCCUGCAUAGUGUAAGUGACUGGAGGCGAAUCCAGUAGGUCAGCUAGUUUGAAAGAUGCAACGCUGUCACGCCAGAUGAAAUAGAAACGUACGUCCUGUCAUGACCGCCUCUUUGGACAGAAAACACAGAUACAAUGAUUGCUAGUACUGGUUCCAGUGGUCUAUAUAAAGCGCCCUUGUCCAAAAGCCUUCUACUUCUCCCCAGUGCACUGUCCAUUCUGCUGACAUUUGUCUUUCAGCAGCAGCAGUCCUUUUUUGUAUAUAACUUGCAAGCAAUAAAAGAAAGUUUCUGUGUAUGGAAGCUGAUCUCUGGGAGGAUAGUGUGUCUAGAUUUGAAGGACACCUUUUGUAGCAGUUUACUCAUCUACAAUUUUAGGACAUUAGAGCGAAGAUUUGGCAGUCGAAAAUUUACAUCAUAUUUGCUUGGGACCUGGAUACUUUCAGCACUUUUUGAUAUCCUGCUUGUCAAAGCUGUAGAAGUUGUGGCUGGUAUCACUCUUAGUACUCUGCCUUCUGGAUUUUUAUCUCCCAUCUUUGCGCUCUUUGUGCCAUUUUAUUGCUCCGUGCCACGAGUACCAUUGGCUCACAUAUUUGGCUGGUUUCCAAUCACCAAUAAAACAUUGGUGUACAUAGUGGGGCUGCAGCUUUUGACAUCAAGUCCAUAUAUGCUGGUGCUUGCCGUAAGUGGUGUGGUUUCUGGAUUGUUCUACAACAAGGAUGUUUUAAACGUUCAACAAGUUCUAUGCGUUCCGAAUUGGGUAGCUAAAGUCUUUUCCCAGAUUGUGGAGCCAAUAUUCUCAUCGGUUGAGCCUACCAGUGAGGUUCAUGUUGGCAUGGGUGCAACAGUGGACAUUCAAAGGCAACAGAGAAUAGAGCUGCUAGAUCAGCAGAUGAUGCUGUCACAACUUUCCCAGCUAGGAAGGAGGCGCCAGGAUCAGGGUGGACUGUUUGGCUGGAAUCGCUUCUUUCAACCACUGCGGCAACGACGGGUUGUCAAUCAUGCGGAACCACAAGCUCCACCUCCACCAGCACCUGAAGAGCAGAUGGUCUUGGAGGUGCAUUGCCAAGAAACUGGUUUGAAAAGAGAUUAAUCAGAUUAGCAGAGGUGAUUAGCAAUAGAGAUUGCUCCAUUUGAAGCGUUGCAUUCAAAUCACCAAAUAACUAACUGUUGUCACUAUCAAUACCGGCUUCAACUAGAGGGUUCAUUUCUUGGAUAUGUACGAGAUACUUGUAAAUCCUCACCCAGACCAAGCUCAGAGACAUCCUUAUAUGGAUUAAUGGGAAACAUUUUUGGGCGCCCCGGUUUCUCCAAUCACAUGGCAGAAGAUAUGGAGACAAGCAGCUAAAACAUCUGCUUUCUCCACAUAAAGAAAAUCAGUACAAGUUACUCAUGUUUUAUCACAUGCCGGCACUCUUGCAUAGGCUGGACCCCCGCUAAUCAGCUGUAUGAGCAGUGCGCACGUGCCAUCUCCCUUCCUGCUCUCUGCUGUAUGUCUUUGGGACUGCAGCAGCGGACAGGAAGAGAAGAGGCAGAUGGCACCAGCACACUGCACGCUCCGUCUCCUCAAACAGCUGAUCGGCGGGGGUGCUGGGUGUCGGACCCAAGCCGAUCUGAUAAUGAUGAUCUUUCCUG